AUGGGGAAGACAAGAGAUCUUUAUAAGAAAGUUAGAGAAAUUAAAGGAAAAUUGCAGGCAAAAAUUGGAAUGAUAAAAGAUAGAAAUGGGAAAGAUCUGAGUGAAGCAGAGGAUGUUAAGGAAAUAUGUGCAGAAUAUGUAGAAGACCUAUACAAGAAAGGACUGCAUAAUGACAGGGCUCCUACUGCUGAUGUUAAUGUUAAUUUAGAACUAGAGCCAGAUAUUUUGGAGAGCGAAAUCCAAUGGGCCCUUGAAAAUAUGACUGAUAACAAAACUAGUGGACAUGACGAAAUACCAGCAGAAUUGUUUAAAGUCACUGGAAAGGAUGCAGUGAAACACCAGAAACACCUAGUGGUGAGGCAUGCUUUGCUUAUAUCGUGGCAGUCGUCACAGGUGUUAAUGGUGUCAGCGGCUUCGCACGCGCUGUCCAGGGAGGCGGCGCAGACAGCUCCUGUCCUGUGA